GAUUGGCCAGGCUUCGUCGAAUACGCGCAAACAAAGCUCCUAGUCAGCAAAACGAAAUCUAGGAUUCAUUUUCUACGGGAAGAGCUACUUACACUUGCUAGAAAUGGGGACUUGACGUUGACGCAAAUUUUGGAUGUAUUCAGGCUACUGACGCUGACGUACCCUAGAUAUACGGAUUCUGGCUCUCGGGAUGCAGUGGAGGAGGUUGGGAUGGAGCUAGUGCGGCGUGACGAGCGGAGGGGGUCACAGAAUGGCCCGCUGGAUGAAACGAGGCUAGGCGUAGCAGAACAGGUUCUUGGGUGGCUUUCGAAUGAGGUGGGCCGGUUUACGAGGGGGGGAACUGCAAAGUACGCCUCCUACGCGCCUUCGGACAUUUACGUCCUUCUUAGCUGGGCUUGUGGACUAUAUACCGUUUGCGUAAAGCACAACCCCGACUUUAUCACUUCAAACUCUUGGCGUGUUCUCGUGGGAUCAAUGGCCUUACUGCUAGACAUGUUGAUGGAAUCGACGCAGGCAAAGCCAUCCCUCAAGCAUGGCGGUCUUGUGCUCACAAGGCGUGCUCUACGAUCGGUGCGUCGCUUCAACCAUCUGAUUUUGCUGUGGCUUACAUCUUCCAACCAACCACCGCUGCGCAUGGUAACUUUGCUCGGGGUUUCUGUGGGUGUAUUGACACACCUAAAAAAUGUUCCAGAGGAACCGUCGACUCGUUUGCCUUCAGAUCUCAAGGAUGGAAUCAUUGCCCUCUACUCCAACGCCGUACUGAUGUCCAAAACACCUGUCCCUGAACACGUUCUGACCGCUUUACAAGACUUUAUCUCUACAUUCGUUUCUGAGGACGAUUUGGUCAAGUCUAUACUUCCAACCAUCGAAAGAACAUUGUUACGAGCUCCAGAGAACAGUCUCCCUGCUGUGACCAAAUUCUUCCACAUCUAUUCUCAUCCACUCAACGCUGAUCUGUUCAAACGUGUCCUCGCGCAAAUUAUCAGCAGUUCGAAAUCUAGCAAUGCCCAAACGCGAUCCAAUUCAAUUGAGCUCUUCAAGGCUUUGAUAUCUCGCUCAAAUGACGAUGAUCCCCUCAACCUUGCUGGUUUGGCAAUUUCGGACCUUCUCACCCUUCCCAAGACUGGCAAAACGGCGGGGCCUGACCACCGGGUAGCCUUAUACUCGAUGUUGAGCUUCCUGGGCGCGGGAUCAGGCGUAUCUUCAUCUUUGGUUGAAUCAACAAUACCUCUCCUGGCGAAGGAGACUCAUGAAGCGGCUACAGCUGUACUGGCAGCUGCUCUCCCCCCACAUAUAGUCUUCCUUCUUUCAAGCUCAACUUUAUCACCGGACGUAAUCCAGCUCAUUGCAAAAGAGAUGUCCAGCGCAAAGCCAGCAGUAAGAAAGGCGUUUGCUGGGUUGGCAGGGGCGAUAUUCUUUCAUGAAGCAGAUAUCAUUUCGAAGGAGAAUGGUGUUGCCUUUGCUAAAAUCGUCGUACAUUCCUUCGAGAACUCACUCAAAACUGUGUCGGGUAACCCCUUAAAUUCGCCUGGUGGUCCAUUUGAAGGUUACGUUGCGCUUGCCGUUCUUCUGGGCCCUCUGUCGAGAUCAGGCAAAUUCGACGACGUUAUUUCACGAAAUCCCGUUGUAUCCGCAAUUGUUACAAGUACCGCAAAGCAGUCCUUCCUCUUGUGGGACAAAGUCUACCAGAAGAUCACAGAUGCUGAAGACGAAAAGUGGCUUUUACGGGCAAGUGAAGCUGCCCUGCAUCAUUUCAAGGCUGAUCUAGGAAAGAACGAAGCAUUGCGGUCACAGCUUGGCCUUAUCUUCGUUCACCUUGCCCUCAAUGGCCAAUCUCCGGACUUGAGACGGUCGGUGUACAAUGUUGUCGAGGCUGCUACAGCUGAAGCACCUGAACUGACAAACUCCGUCGUUCGCGAUGCGUUGACCACCUUCGUUUCUCGUGGACUUCCAAACCCCAAAUCGUCAACAGCUGGCGAUGAACAGCCAUCAGCUCUCUGGAACAAACAUUCACGACUAUCAGCACUUCUUUUGAGUGUCGUUGCAUUCAAGGAUGAUGUCGACCCGUCUAUUCGGGAGAGUUCAAUCGUGAAGCUGAUCGUUUUGGGCCAUCAUUCUCUCAUAUGUGGAUCAGCACGCCAGACUUGGAUCGACCUGAGCCAGAAGGCCGGAACGGACCCUCAUGACCUCACGAAUAAACAUCUGGACAAACUCAUAAGUCUGAUCUUGGCUGCUGCUGCUGCCGAUUCCAAAUUUGGUUUUGCGGAAGCGAGCUACAGUGCUGUGACCACUCUCGCGUUUGUCUCUCCUGCUUCCGUGUUGCCAGUAAUCGUGAAACAACUUCAAGCGGACCUUGAUCCCACUAUUGUCAAUUCUUUGACUGAUGUUGAUCAUGGUGUCUGGGCUGCUCCGGAAGGAAGUGUUUUUGUCGAUGUGCUUUCAUCAACGAAGGGAGAAGCUCGAGUUACCAACGGAAAAGAUGCCGAUAACGCCAAAUGGGACGAGGAGAUUCGGAAGUCUAUUGCAAGUAAAAAGGCGACUCCUGCUGCCCUGACCAAACAACAACAGGCUGCUCUUCAAGCCCAACUUCAGAAAGAAUCCAAGAUACGCGAGAAUGUCAGCCGCAUCAAGUCAAACCUCGAACGUGGCCUUUACUUCAUUCAAAGUCUUGUCUCAGCCGAUGUGGCGGAAUUCCAUUUUUACACUUCAUCGGUCGUCAACCUGCUCUUGGAGGGGCCGCUUGUGGGGGGAGCCUUUCUCGUGGGCGAUCUUGCUUUUGAGACAUACUUGAAUUUGGCAAAGAGUACGUCUGAACGUUUGGACACCCUGCGAAAGUGGGUCGGCAUUGCCACACUGCGCAGCCUAAACAUUUCGGACGUUCCUGAAGAGCUUCAAGCUGAGCCCAUCAAUUCACUAGUCAUCCGUGUCCUCCACCGCCUGCGAUCUCUUUCUGAGCAGGCCCCUUUCGAUGCUGCAACCUUUUCCUACGCUUUUCCUCUCCUCAGCCAGGUUCUGCUUCUUGGAGGAGUUUCACCAGCGGAUGAGGAUGAAGCACUCGAACAAGUUGCUUUGGCGCUUGGCGUCAUUAGAUUCCACUCAGGGGAAUUUUCCGAUACUGCCUUCCCUCGGCUACGGGCGAUGGAACACCUUCUCCAUGUCAUCCGUACCCAGCCGAGGCUUAGUAAGGAGGCAUCUUCGGCCCUCAUUGAGCUGGGAGAAUCUAUUCAUGCAACAGCCUCUCGGCCGGAAUUAUCGGUUCUCCUUCGCGGAACUUUGCUUCAAGAGUCUCAUGUCCGAAACUCUUGCUUGCAAACGUUGCAGCCAUUUGAUCUGACCGAUUUGGAAUGGACACCGGAACUCUGGAUUGCGUAUCAUGAUGAGGAUGAACAAAAUGCCAGGCUCGCCCAGCAUGUAUGGGAUGACAACGGCUUGGAUGUCCCAGAGAGUUUCCUCGAUGAACUUUUGGUUUUCUUGGAUCACGAAAAUGCUUACGUUCGCUCAGGCGCCGCUGCGGCGAUCGCGGAAGCGUUGGAGCAAUGGCCACCUUCAAUUCAACGGACGGUUGAUGCACUGCAAGAUUAUUAUCGAGAAAAGGCGAAGAUUCUUGCUCCCGAAUUUGAUGAAUAUGGAAUGGUUAUCGCUCUAAGCCUCGACCGUUCCGAUCCCUGGCCUACUCGCUUAGCAAUAGCGAAAGCAUUAGAACUUUUGGCUCCCUCGUUCACUGAAGCUGAACUUGAGCCGUUUUUCAACUUCUUGAUACAAGACCAGGCGCUUGGCGAUCGGACACCUGAUGUUCGGCGGGGCAUGCUCAACGCGGGCACUGCCGUUGUUGAUCUUCACGGGCCAAAACGGCUUGCAGGACUCAUAUCGUUGUUCGAAGGCCAUCUCAGCCAGGUAAAGUCUGCAACGGAGGCCGACGAUUAUAUCAAGGAGGCUGUUGUCAUUCUUUUCGGACGAGUGGCUCGUCAUUUGGAUGCUGCAGAUCAACGUAUUCCUUCAAUCGUCGAUCGCCUCGUGGAAGCUUUGCGAACACCUGCGGAGCAAGUACAAAUUGCUGUGUCCGAAUGUUUGUCGCCUCUUGUGAAGCUUAUAAGGUCAAGAUUAGCAACGCUAGUGGAACAUCUCUUUGACGACUUAUUCAACGCCCCAAAGUAUGCCGCCCGCCGUGGAGCUGCCUAUGGUCUGGCUGGUGUCCUCAAGGGAACAGGCAUCGCUGGGAUGAAGGAAUUUGAUGUCAUAAGGAGGCUUCGAACAGCAGCAGAGGACAAGAAGAAAUAUGAGCCGCGCCAAGGAGUGAUGUUUGCACUCGAAACAAUGUCAACAACUCUCGGGCGGCUGUUUGAGCCAUACAUCACAUACGCUCUUCCACUCUUGUUGACUUCGUUCGGCGACGCCGUUGCAGAUGUUCGAGAAGCUACGCAAGAUGCUUCGAGAAUCAUCAUGGGAAAUUUAUCAGGUUAUGGUGUCAAGCUCAUAUUGCCGACGCUGCUUGAAGGACUAGAUGAAAAACAAUGGCGGACGAAGAAGGGCUCGAUUGAACUGUUGGGUAUGAUGGCCUACUGCUCUCCUCGGCAACUCUCAAUCUCUUUACCCAUUGUCAUCCCUCGCCUGACUGGUGUAUUGACCGACUCCCACGCACAAGUUCGAACGGCAGCAAACAAGAGCUUGAAGCAGUUUGGCGAAGUCAUCAGUAACCCUGAGAUUAAGUCUUUGGUUCCUGCACUUCUCAAGGCGCUUGUUGACCCCACAAAAACCCCUAUCGCUUUGACGGCAUUGCUGAAAACUUCUUUCAUGCACUACAUCGACCAUUCUUCCUUGGCAUUAGUCGUUCCUAUUCUUGAGAGAGGAUUGCGAGAACGUGGAGCUGAAACGAAGAAAAAAGCUGCCCAGAUUGUUGGAAACCUUGCUUCCCUCACGGACGCAAAAGAUUUUGUUCCGUACUUAGACGGAUUAUUGCCCAUGGUCCACCAGGUACUUGUUGACCCUGUACCUGAAGCUCGUGCCACAGCUGCGAAAGCACUGGGCACUCUUGUCGAGCGUCUUGGGGAAAUACAUUUCCCUGAUUUGGUUCCUGGUUUGCUGCGGACUCUCAAGACCGAUACGUCUGGAGUCGAUAGACAGGGUGCAGCUCAAGGUCUCAGCGAAGUUCUUUCGGGUCUUGGCAUGGAGCGCCUAGAGGGCCUCCUGCCAGAUAUUAUCGCAAAUGCUCGCUCACCUCGGCCAACUGUUCGCGAAGGAUUCAUGUCACUUCUCGUCUUCUUGCCUGCUACGUUCGGCACUCGAUUCCAACCACAUCUACCGAAAAUCAUUUCGCCUAUCCUUGGUGGUUUGUCAGACACGGAAGAGUAUGUUAGAGAAGCGGCCAUGCGUGCUGGGAGGAUGGUUGUCACCAACUAUUCAUCCAAGGCUAUUGACCUUUUGCUGCCUGAGUUGGAGCAUGGUAUGUUCGACUCUGGUUGGAGAAUUCGGCAAUCAUCCAUUACACUCGUUGGAGAACUUCUCUUCAAGGUAUCUGGAAUCUCAGGAAAGGCCUCCGAGGUUGAAGAAGAGGAAGUUGCGGCAGGUGCGACAGCAGAGUCGUCUCGUCGUGCUCUUUUGGAGGUUCUUGGGGUGGAGCGUCGGGACCGCAUAUUGGCAGCUCUGUACCUCGUUCGCCAGGAUGGUGUUGUUGUCGUAAGGCAGUCUUCAAUGCAAAUUUGGAAGGUGCUCGUCCACAACACGCCACGAACAGUCCGGGAGAUUCUUCCUGAGUUGGUUAAUCAGGUGGUCUACCUGAUUUCGAGCGAUGAAUCUGAACAAGAAGAGACGGCUGCAAGAACGGUAUCAGAAUUGUGUCGCAAGUUUGGCGAACGAAUCCUCAACGAAAUUAUGCCUAUACUCAGAGCAAAAUCUACAUCACCAGACUCACGAACAAGGCAAGGUGUUUGCAGGAUGUUAAGUGAGAUCAUGCAAAAUGCUUCAGAAGGCCAAAAGGAAGAUCACGAAGACGAUAUCAUCUCUAUGGUCCGCAUAUCACUGGUAGAUGACGAAGCCAAUGUCCGUGCGGCUGCUGCUCAGGCGUUUGACAUUCUUCAAGAAGAACUUGGAGCCAAGGCCAUUGAUCAGACGAUACCCACUUUGUUGGAAGCGCUUCGUCAGCCUGGAAAGGGUUCUGGGACUGCUCUUGAGGCGUUGCGAGAGGUCAUGGGCGUUCGAGCGACAAUUGUGUUCCCAGUUCUGAUACCGACGCUCACGGCGAUCCCGAUGACGGUGUUCAAUGCUCGUGCACUUGCUUCAUUGGUGACGGUUGCUGGGAAUGCUCUGAGCAAGCGGUUGACUGUCAUCUUGAAUGCCCUCGUCAAAGUCUCGGAGGAGAACAACGAGGAAGAGCUGGCAAAAGCAGUCGAAGAAGCGAUCCAGGCUUUGUUCGUCUCUAUUAGCGAUGCUGAAGGUCUCAAUACAUUGAUGAUGCUCUUGAUUGGGUGGUACAAUCAACACCCCAGACGGCGUGUCAGCGCGUGCCGGUUGUUUUCCGUGUUCUGUGAAGUAUCAGAGCUAGAUUUCUCACUCUACCGUAUCGACUGGAUCAGAGAACUCGUGUCCUUGCUGGAAGACCCAGAAGUAAGUGUCCACACCGCAGCAUGGACGGCGUUCGAUGCCUUUGUCAAAUCCGUGCCCAAAGACGAACUAGAACCCCUUGUAGUUCCCUUACGACGCAGCAUCGAAUCCACAGGCGCUCCAGGAACAACAGUCCCGGGCUUCAACCUCCCCAAGGGAAUCUCACCUACUGUGCCUAUCAUCAUUGCGGGCUUAACCACAGGAAGCAACGAGCAGCGCGAGCAAGCUGCAUACGCUAUUGGGGACCUUGUCCAGCGCACAGACGAAUCUGCCAUCAAACCCUUUGUGGUACCCUUCACGGGCCCUCUGAUCCGCGUAGCCACGCAAGCGACGACUUAUCCGCCACAAGUGAAGACCGCCAUUCUCAGUGCACUAACGUCGAUGCUCGAGCGGAUCCCGGCGUUUGUGAAGCCGUUCUUCCCGCAGUUGCAGCGGACGUUUGUCAAGAGCGCGAGCGACCCUGCAAGUAGCGCUGUUAGAGGUAAAGCAGCGCAGGCACUGGGAGUGCUCAUGCGGAGUCAGCCUAGAGUAGAUCCGGUGGUGACCGAGUUGAUCGUGGGUGUGAGGGGGGGC